AUGGAGGGACCACCGCUUGUGACUCGUCACUCGCUCGAUGAUGAAGAUGUGCACAGUCUGGGAUAUGGCGAUGGUUGUAAUGGACCCUUCUCCACGGCUCUUCUUGAACCAAAUGUGCACGACGUGAUGAGCAUGGAGCUUGCACAUCACGAAAUGGGCGGCUAUUUGGACCCACGAAGUUUUGGUGGAGGAACCUUAGGAUUCGACGAUUAUAACGGGUCAUCAUCCUUGUACGAUGUCAACAGCGCAUUUGGAGAUGAAUUGUCUAACGAUCAGAAGAGUUUAUUUGGCAACGAUACUGUUCCUUUCACCCAAGGUAGACCUUUCUUAGGACAAAACAAAUAUUUCCAAAGCGAACCACAUGGCAUAUCGUUAGAGGAAAAUUCAAGAGGCUCCUGGGUGUUCCUUUUGCAUCAUUCAUGUAUUACGCCCAAAACAGGAUUUCCUAUUGCAGUGAAUCCCAGCACUCAAAUGAAAACAAGCGGUCGGACAGAACAUCAUGUUGCAACGGUUCAAAAUAACAAAUACGACAACAAUGUCGUUAGAUAUGAUCAGCCAAGAAAUGUUCCAACCUAUCCUGUGAAGACUGCCGACCCAUCGACGUGCACGCAAUAUGCUCCCGUCAGGACUCUAUUAAGUUCAACCAUGAAAUCGCACGGAAGCACUCCCAGUCGAAGAACAGCGUCUCGCAGCACGCAGAAAAAGGAGGCGAUCGAUCCAAAGAGGGUUGAGGACGAAGUAGCCAGGAAUGUAUCGCAGAUUCUAUCAGCUACAAAGCAGCAACGACUGGCAAUGGAAGCUCAGCAACGCAGCGGCACUGUAGCGCCACAGCCGCCUCGUAUCGCCUACGCAUGUCCCGACUGUCACAAAACUGUAACUAGCACUAGAAACUUACAGCGUCAUCGCCAAACUUGUCCUGCUAGAAUGGGUAACGCUGCCACUGUUAUGGGAAUGCCUUCAUCUGCAGUACCCACGUCUUCCGUUGCAAUAUGCCCAACUUCUACCUCGGUGAUGAUAUCACCAACGUCAUCGUAUUCUAACCUUUCUUAUUCUAACUAUAACCUCUCUACUGAUGAUCAACAUUACGCGGACUGGUCCCGCAGCAAUAGUUAUUCCGCCCCGCAAUCUGUAUCUAGUCAACACGAACGUUGUAUGAAUGAGCCAGCCGAUCAGCUCGGUACACUGGAUCCCAAUAGGUAA